UUCUCGGCCUUAUGGCUAAGAUCAAAGUGUAGUAUCUGUUCUUAUCAGCUUAACAUCUGAUAGUUCCUCCAUUGGAGGACAACAAAUGUUAAACUGAUUUUUGGAAUCAGACGGAGUGCUAGGAGCUUGCUCCACCUCUGUCGCGGGUUGGCCCGGUAUUGCAGUACCGCCGGGAUUUCGGCCCAACUGAAAAAUAAAUAUAAAACUAAUUUCAAAUUGUGUGGUGUUGUGAUGGACAGAACCAUAUGGACCUUCCGAUGACCUACUGCGUCCAGAUAUGGGGUACGGCCUCCGAUUCGCCAACAUUCAAGUCGCUACAACGGAUCGGCUUCAGAACCACACGACGUCCAGGCGAAGAAGACUAAAGAGGCGACAUCCAGCUGACAAAAUGAUGUCGCGAAAAGUGCUAAACCUUCGCCUGGGAUACCUGGCACGCCGCUGGGCCAGCACAGAUCCGCUGAACAUUCAGAACGAGAAGCUGCAGGCGUAUUUGGAGUCCCUACGCCAGGAAUACUACGCCGUGCGUGUCAACGCCGCGGGAAACAGCAAAUCCUACGCCCGUCUUGCCCAGCUGGAGGGAGUUGUCAGUGCCCUGGAGCAGCGACGCGUCCUGGAGCGUCAGAUCACCAGCGCCAAGGACAUGGAAGCGGAGAAGGACGAGGAUAUGCGUGAGCUGAUGCGUGAGGAGAACGAAGUCUAUGUGGAUCUACUGGGCAAGCAGGAUCAGGCCUUACUGCAGGAACUGCUCACGCUCUCUGAUGAUGAAAUGUAUCCGGCUCUGAUCUUUGGGCUGAAUGCCGGCGCCGGUGGUCAGGAGGCAAUGCUAUUCGCCCAAGAACUGUACGAAAUGUACACCGGCUUUUUUGAGCACAUGGGAUGGGAGUGGGAAGAGUUUGCCAGCGAGAUCACCGACAUCGGUGGUCUGCGGCACGCCAGUCUGAUGGUGAGCGGAGAGGAUGCCUUCCGUUGGUUGCGCCACGAGGCUGGAGUUCACCGGGUGCAGCGGGUGCCGGCCACCGAAAAGUCUGGACGCAUGCACACCAGCACCGCCUCGAUUACCGUGAUUCCCCGGCCCGCCGACAUCCAUGUGCACAUCGCUGAAAAGGAUCUGAAGAUCGAGACGAAGCGAGCGAGUGGAGCUGGUGGACAGCAUGUGAACACUACCGACUCGGCAGUGCGAAUUGUCCAUCUGCCCACGGGUCUGGCGGUGGAGGCGCAAUCGGAACGUUCCCAGCUUAAGAACCGGGAGCUGGCCAUGAAGCGUCUGCGGUCGCGACUUGUGCAACAGCAGUUGGAGAGCGCCGAGGCUAGCAAGAUGGCCACCAAGAAGGCGCAACAGGGGAGUCUCAACCGCAAUGAGAAAAUCCGUACCUACAAUUUCGUCCAGGAUCGCAUCACGGAUCAUCGAAUUCAGGGCGGUACGAUGCACAACCUCGAUGGCUUCCUUAAGGGUGGAGAUCAACUGUGUGGACUGAUAGAGAAGUUGCAACUGGAGCACCGUAAGGAACGACUAAAAGAACUUCUGGAUACGUGGGAGCCUCCAAAGGAAGCCAUUAAGGAGAACUAGAGCUACUUUCGUUUGUUGCUACAUCUAUACGCCUCUGUUUUAGUAGAUAAUUGUGUAAUAAUUCGCAACUAAAAUCAGUUAAAAAGAUAACUUUGUCUAAGAGCAAGGAAAGUCAUCUGAAGACAAAGUAAAACAUCACUUUUUGAUUUA